AUGUUCGGUAUCGGCGACGACGACGAUGGCGAUUCGUGCCCCACGCACAACCUCACAGCGCGUGCCAACAAGACCUUCCUCGCCGGUCUCACAUUUCAGGAAUUCAACCGUAUCCUUGCAGGUGCUUGCACCGCUCUGGCCUGUCUAGUCAGCUUCAUCCACAUGUGGCGGCAUGCCACUCACCUGUCGGUGCCCCGUCAGCAGAUCAAGGUUAUGAGGGUCAUUUCGCUGGUGCCCCUCUACGCCAUCGUCAACCUCCUGUGCAUCUGCUUCCCCCAGGCCCAAGUCUACCUCGACCCGAUCCUCGAGCUCAUCCAGGCACUAUGCCUCGCCUCCUACUUUAUGCUUCUUUGCGAAUACAUUUCCCCCCAUGAUGAGGGUCGCGAUGGCUUCUUUUCCCAGAUUGAGAUCAAGGACAAAAAGGCCGAGGGUGGUGUUGUCCAGGACGGUGUCAAGUGGUUCGCUCAACGCUCCUUCAUGAUCUUCCAGUAUCCCCUCAUCUCCCUUGGUGUCGCCAUUGCCACCAUCAUCACGCAGGUUGCUGGCGUCUAUUGCCAGUUUGAGAGCAAGACCAACUUCGCCAAGCUUUGGCUCAGCAUCGUCAUCACAAUCUCCUCUGGUAUGGCCAUUGCUGCUGUUCUGCUCGUCGCUAUCCAGCUCAAAACGCACAUGCCCAACCUCAAGCCCAUCCAUAAGCUCGUCGCCAUUAAACUCGUUGUCGGCCUGGCUUUCCUGCAGCAGAUUCUCUUCUGGAUUCUUCAGAGCACCCACGUUCUUAAGGAGACUGACACCCUCACCUACUCUGAUCUGCACUAUGGCAUCCCUUCGCUUCUCAGCUGCUUGGAAAUGGUUCCCAUCUCUUUCGUUGUAUUCUGGGCCUACCCUGUGGGACCCUACAAGCUUGAGUCACUGGUUGCCCGUGGCGCUGAGCGUGGUGAGAACCAAACCUGGGCUCCUACUUCUUACCAGGGAGGUUUCCUUGGUCUCCGUGCAUUUUUCAGCAUGAUCAACCCCUUUGAUGUUCUCAAGGCCACUUUCGCCGCCUUCACCAUCGCUGCUCGCGACUACUCGUCCUCCAAGUUCAACCGCAACGACAGUGGUAGCAAGACCUACGCCACUGGUCCCGGCUACCAGCAGCCCCCGACACAGUACCGCCCCAACUAUCAGGGUGGUCGGUCGCACGGCCCCGUUGGUCUUGCCCGUGAAGCCUACAACCAGUUCGGCCCCGGCCGCAACGCCCGUGACGGCUACAAUAACGGCUACGGUCACUCCAACGGUCGCGGCUACGACCGUACCCGCGGCAACUCUUACCCUGAGAACCACGAGUCAUACCCUAUGAACCAGCGACGAUAA